GGAAAAUAUUGGUGGUAUAUAUCAUUUUGUCGCGCAACUCCUCUCCAUGUUCGAGGCUUCUUCUGGCAGAUAUAGAACAGUCAGCGACAAAUUUUAACUUUGAGGAGAUCGAACUCGAGUAAAUUGCAUAUUCCAGAGACAUGGCAGGUCUGCGAAGGGCUAUUUUCUCCACGGUCCCUCGUAUUCUCAGCUCCCAUCGGACGUCGCUCAUCAGCUCCCAACCUCUUCACAGGCCCAUAUUAAGUUCCUUCCCAAAUUUCACCUCGUCAAGUUCAAUCGGCCAAUCCCUAAAUAUCGAUCUGUCCGAUGAAGAAAGCAAAAGGCGGUUGUUCAACAGGCUUCUGUAUAGGAGUAAACAGAGAGGGUACCUUGAGCUUGACCUGAUUCUUGGGAAAUGGGUGGAGGAUAACAUUCGGUCCAUGGAUGAAAGUGGGAUAAAAUCUCUUGUUCAUGUUCUUGACCUGGAAAAUCCGGAUCUAUGGAAAUGGCUGACUGGUCAAGAGCAACCCCCUGAGCCAGUGAGCACGAAUCCUGUAUUCUUGGCCGUGCGUGAGAAGGUGGCUAACAAUCUUGACAAUUAUGCAGCAGCCGAGACUCGAGCCAUGCCUGGGCAGUCGUGGGUUAGAGGUUGGGAUGAUUUCAAGAAGGGUAGAGACAGCCCCAUUUCUGGGAACCAAUAGUUGUUUUAGCUCCUAUUGCUUGACAAAUUGUAAAAGUGUGUGAAAUUGUUCAGUCGUGGUACGAAGCUUUCAGUAGGUAUGAGAAUAAGGAUGAGAAGCCAGUAGAUCAUUUAUGCGAAACUGGUAUCAAACUGCAUCUGUUGUGCUAAACUGAAAUGGGGCUUGAACUAUGUGUUACAUAUAUUCUUGUGUGAGUUAGUCUUAAUGUUUUUGUUUUGGGGUCGAUUCAUCGUAUUCUGUAAACAAAAAUAAUGUAUACGUAUACUACUAAUAACAAAAAUAAUGUAUACUUAUACUUCUAAUUAUCUUCUA